CACACACAGCUUGUGUCUGUUCAUUAUUGUUAAAGGUGUAGUCUUUAGAUGUAACGAAAGAGAAGAAUCUAUUUCUAGCCUCUGAGAAGAAUCUGUUAGGAAAUUAGCAAUCUUUGGUCCAUUUGUUGAUUUCUCAGAACUUGAUCUUUUACACAAACGAUGUCAAUUUUGGUUUGUAAGUUUUUGUGUCAUCUAUUUUGGAAUAAGGUUUUCGUUCCAUCUAUGUUAAGACUUGCUCUGAUUCAUGGAUAUAAAAUUUGCAUCAUAAAAUAUGACAGUCAAUGUAGCUCCCACAGUUUCUAGUUUUCUGUGAAUUGACAAGAGAUUUGAUUAAUCUGGCAGAUCUUAUAUAGUUUACUUGGUUUGAUUGUAGAAAUGUCGAAUGAUGCAGCUCAUACGCCCUUGUUACCAGCUGACAAGGUAGAUACCAUGGCUCAAGAUUUCAACCAAAGCUCAAGAAUUUCUUCUUCAAGGAAAAGAAGAUUGCGUCGCUCUAGAAGCGCUCCUCGUGGUGAUUGUAUGUACAGUGAUGAUGUCAAAAUCGACGAACCACCUCCAAAUCCUAGUAAAAUCCCAAUGUUCACUGAUGUAAACCCUAACCUCAGGCGAGUGAUCAUGUUCUUGGCUUUAUAUUUAGCCGUUGGUACUUUAUGUUUCUACCUCGUGAGAGACCAGAUCUCAGGUCGUAAGACCAAUGGUGUGUUGGAUGCUGUCUAUUUCUGUAUUGUUACGAUGACAACCGUUGGAUACGGUGACCUUGUCCCUAAUAGUUCUACCUCAAGAAUACUUGCUUGUGCCUUUGUCUUCUCUGGGAUGGUCCUUGUUGGUCACCUUUUAAGUAAAGCAGCGGAUUAUCUAGUGGAGAAGCAAGAGACUUUGCUCGUUAGGGCUUUCCAUUUGCGUCAAAGCUUCGGUCCAACAGACAUUCUCAAGGAGCUCCAUACUAACAAGUUGAGAUACAAAUGCUAUGCUACAUGCCUUGUCCUUGUAGUCCUCAUCCUUGUUGGUAUAAUUUUCCUUGUAAUGGUUGAGAAAAUGCCGGUUGUUGACGCUUUCUACUGCGUCUGUUCCACUGUUACGACAUUGGGUUAUGGUGAUAAGAGCUUUAGCUCAGGAACCGGACGCCUGUUUGCUGUGUUUUGGAUCUUGACGAGCACCAUAUGUUUGGCUCAGUUUUUCCUUUACUUGGCUGAGCUAAAUACAGAAAACAAACAGAGGGCGUUAGUGAAAUGGGUUUUGACAAGAAGAAUCACAAACAAUGAUCUCGAAGCAGCUGAUCUUGAUGAAGAUGGAGUCGUUGGAGCUGCAGAGUUUAUUCUAUAUAAACUGAAGGAAAUGGGAAAGAUUGAUGAGAAAGAUAUUUCUGGGAUAAUGGAAGAGUUCGAGCAACUCGAUUACGAUGAAUCGGGUACGCUAACAACUUCUGACAUCGUUCUAGCUCAGACGACUUCUCAGAUUCAAAGGUAAGCUUCGUUAUCAUCAUCAUGUUGCGAAGACGAAUCAGAAACUUUGUUGAGCACAACUCUUAAAACCAAAGACAGUGAAGAAUUUUUUUUGGAAAAUUUGAUUGUUUCUUUUUGUGUGUUUGUAACGAAUGUUAUACGCCAAUACUCAAGAGUAUUGAUCUGAUAUGUUUGUUGAUGCUGAGUGUAAAAUCAUCUAUACAUCUAUACAUAUGAAUUGACUUA